UGGAGAGAGCAUUUAUGGCGAAAAUUUUCCCAAUGAAAGAACCCCAUUUAAACAUAAUAAACGGGGACUUUUGUCCAUGGCCAUUACCGAUCGAUAUGGUAUUGGUUCUCAGUUUUUAAUCACAUUGAAAGCUGAUCCCGAACUUGACAGGUUUCAUGUUGUUUUUGGGAAGCUCUUGGAAGGAUUUGAUACGCUAAAUAAUAUUCAAAAUGCGCGUCUUGGGAAAAAAGUUCGAGUCACCAAUUGUGGCGAAUAUAAUGAAGCUAAAGCAAAGCCUUGCACAGAGCCAGCUCAGUCUUCUCAAAGGGCAAGUAGGAGGAGAAUGAAAAACUGAGAGCCUGUUUGGAUAGGAAUUUUU